UAGAAAAUGUCGAAUGUUCAAAACUAGCCGUUAGUAUUUGAUAACAACACUCAUAAACGCUCCUCUCUAAUUGCCCCCUCUCUCCCCUCUCCCUCUUACUCAAGAAAACCCGCAACAACAAAAUUCAGAUUAAAAUCAUAAACCCCCAAAAAUAAGCUUUCUUCUCCAAAAUUAUUGAAACGAAGAAAUUCCUGUAAAGAUGUUUACAGAUGGUUUGGAUGAAACUGCUAUUAAAUGGAUCAAACAGGGCACAGAUACGGAGCAGAAAAUUCGAUCUCCAUUAGCAGAGAAAUUGAGUCUUGAUCCUAUUCCGAGAUCUCCUUCGCUUUGCAAUAUCAAGACUAUUUCGUCUCCUCAUAAUUUACCACCGCUGAAAUUCUACUCUGGAUUACUAAGCACUCGUAGCACAGCAGGUCUAUCUUUAGAUGAUGAUGAAGAGAGCUCGGCGGCUUCAGUUUCAUAUGAUAUGGAUGAUAAUUACUCUGAUGUAUAUGAAGAGGAAGGAUUUGGUUCUAGUGAUACUGAUUUAUCUGAUAGGUCAAGUGCAUUACGACGCUAUGAGCGGGAAUUGUUUGGUGUAAAGUCAUUUAAGAAUCUUGGACUUGAGUCUACGACUUAUGUACCAGAUGGAGGAUAUGUAUCUUCGAUGAAUAGAGGGUCGAAAGAGAAUCUUCGGAUAAAUGUUCCGGGAAAUGUAACGAGGUUUAGAGAUGGUGAAUUUAAUAUCAAGGGAAGUAGCCAGAGAAAAUCAGCAUCAGAAUGUAGGGAUCAACCUCAAGAACAAGUCAACUUCUACACUCCAAAUGGUCGUCCUCGAAAUGAAGCAACACCGAGAAGUGCAGUAGCAGAUUCAGGAACUCCAAGCGCACCACCUAUUUUUGAAAUAGGAGAAGAGCAUAAUAAGUUUGAAGCGGGGGAUGAUCAUUGGGUGGACUCCGAUUCCGAUGUCGUGAUGGAAGUAGAACGAAAUGGCUCUGAGAUGCAUUUUUCAAAUGACAAAUGCACUGGAAAUGAACAAGUCUUCACAGAGUCGAAGCCAGAGUCAAUGACAUUGAAUGAACACAUCACCUCCGCAGAAGUGGAACCGCAACUUAGCCAUUGCAAAACCAGCUCACUGGAUCAAACAUCUUGUUACAGUACCAGUAGUCAAAAUGCUUGGCAAACCAUGGUAGCUUAUGAUGCAUGUGUUCGAUUAUGUCUUAAUGCUUGGGCAAGAGGCUGCACGGAGGCACCCGAGUUUCUACGCGAUGAAUGUCUUCUUCUUAGAAGCGCCUUUGGGUUAUACAAAUUUUUAUUACAACCCCGAGACAUAUACCGCAGAGAAGGAAAAGCAGCUGACACCGUGGAAGAAAAAUGCGCCUCAAAACCAAAGAGGGUAGUUGGUAAAAUUAGUGUGGAAGUGAAGAAAGUGCGUAUUGUCCCAAGGAAAAAACUGAAGAUCACAUACUCACAUCGUAGUGCAGUCUAUAUGCAAGCUGGAGCAGAGUAUGUUAGACAGGUCUCUUCCAUGGUGAAAACUCGCAUUAAUUCACUGAAGCUGGCUCCAUUCUCAGUACCAUCAGAAGAAUCAUUUUCAUGUUUAUUUCAACUGAAAAGUGCAAUUGAUGAAACGGACGCUGAACCGAAUUCCCCAGUUUGCUUGAUGGCAGGAACUGGCGUCCAUCACGUCUUUUUUCCAGAGAACCAAGGGGAUGCACUUUUGCUGGAGGUACAAGACUUGAAUAAAGUCACCCAGGGGCGAGCAACAAUUCCGUUGUCAUCAUUAAAUGAUAUUCCUAGUGAUAGAGUUCGAUGGUGGCCAAUUUACCAUGAUGGUCAUGAAUGCGUUGGGAAGGUUCAACUCUCCAUAGGCAGUACAAUUAUUUGCGAUGAGAUGAACCCUAUGAAGAGUGGUCCUGUGGUGGAAACCCUUGCGUAUGAUUUAUUGUUGGAAUCGGCUAUGCGCGCACAACAUUUCCAUCAUAGGAAACUGAGGUUAGAUGGAGCAUGGCAGUGGUUGUUGACUGAAUUUUCUGACUACUAUGGAGUUUCAGAUUCAUACACGAAGCUGAGAUAUCUUUCAUACAUAAUGGAUGUUGCUACGCCAACAAAGGAUUGCCUGGAGCUUGUGUACGAAUUACUUGUGCCUGUUAUGAAGGCUAGGAGUGAGAGAAGUCUAACCAGACAAGAGAAAAGUAUAUUAUUGGACUGUGAAACUCAAGUUCAGAAGCUGUUGGCAAAUGUUUUUGAAAAUUAUAAAUCACUAGACGAGCUUGCUCCAACAGGUAUAACGGACUUGUUUGGUCCAAUACCUGAGUCUGCAGCACCAUCUUUAGCUCCCGCGGUGCAACUAUACACUCUCAUUCAUGAUAUACUUUCUCAAGAAGCACAAACAAUAUUGAGAAAUUAUUUGCAGACAGCAGCAACAAAAAGGUGUAGGAGGCACAUGGUAGAGACAGAUGAGUUUAUGUCCAGCAAUGUUGAUGGUUUGCUUAUGGAUCCCAUGGCUAUGUCAACUGCUUAUCUAAAGAUGAAGAAUUUGUGCAUAAAUAUAAGCAAGGAGAUUCAGGCAGACAUCAAAAUUCACAAUCAGCACAUACUUCCGAGUUCAAUAAACCUUUCAAACAUAGCAGCUUCAGUUUACAGCACCGAGCUGUGUAAAAGACUCAGAGGUUUUCUUGCUGCUUGGCCUCCAUCUAGCCCCUUGCCACAUGUAACGGAUCUUCUUAUAGCAACUGCUGAUUUUGAAAGGGAUCUUGACUCAUGGAAUAUCAGACAAGUGAAUGGUGGUAUUGAUUCAAGGAACUUGUUUCACGACUACAUAAUGGUCUGGAUAGAAGAUAAGCAACUUUACUUGCUUGAUCUGUGUAAAAUGGAGAAGGUGCCAUGGUCUGGAGUAACUACGAACCACUCAACUUCUCCUUUUGCCGAGGACAUGUACGAGAAAAUAAAAGAUGCUCUAAAUGAGUAUGAAAUCGUGGUCACCCGAUGGCCUCAAUACUCUUUGAUUCUGGAAAACGCUAUUGCGAAUGUAGAGCGAGCAGUCAUAAAAGCAUUAGAAAAGCAAUACGUUGAUAUCCUUACUCCUUUGAAAGAUACCAUCCCAAAGAAGCUCGGCCUGCAUAUGCAGAAACUGACAAGAAGACAAUCCACAACGCUAUAUUAUGUUCCUAAUCAACUAGGAGCAUUCUUGAAUACCAUCAAAAGAAUUCUUGAUGUACUGCAUUGUCGAGUUGAGGAUAUUUUAAAACCUUGGGGAUCCUAUCUACCUGUGAUAGAAGAAAGAAAGGCAGUUUUCGGCGAGCAGAUGAAUGGCAUUACUGUCCUGCUGAGGACAAAGUACAAAACUUACAUGCAAGCGACUGUAGAGAAACUCAUCACAAAUAUGCAGGGUAGUCGAAGUACACAUCUGAAAAGAAUCUUGGAGGAAACUAAGGAGUCAGAUGGAGAAGCUGAAGUUCGGGAGAGGAUGCAAAACCUAUGUUCACAAGUGAUGGACUCUAUAUCAAACUUGCAUGAGGUGUUUUCAAGCAGAAUUUUUGUCGCCAUAUGCCGUGGAUGCUGGGAUAGAAUGGGUCAGAAUGUGUUGAAGUUUCUGGAAAGCAGGAAGGAAAAUAGAAUCUGGUACAACGGCUCAUAUUAUGCUCUUGGGAUUCUAGACGAUACCUUUGCUUCCCAAAUGCAAAGAUUACAAGGAAAUGCAUUGGAAGAUAAAGACAUUGAGCCCCCUCGUUCAGUAGUUGAAGCUCGAUCAAUCCUUUGCAGAGACACAAAAAACACAUCUGAUCCAUCAACUUUCUUUUAUGUAUAAAAGCAGUAAACUUUACUUUUGCGCUCAUAUUCUUUUUCUAAAAAAACAUACACAAAAUUCAAUUGUUUCAAUUUACAUGUGACUGUUUUGUUGUCAAGAACUGCAAAACACUAGUGUUCUUCCUACCAAUAAAUAAAAUAAAGGUUGAUUGC